AUGAGUUCGAAGAUAGACACAAUAGAUGGAUUUUCGUACUAUCGAUUCAACAUCAAGGAGCAAGAAGAGUUUAAUCAAAUAUCAAAUUUAAUUUCAUCACAUUUAUCUGAACCAUACUCAAUUUAUGUUUAUUGGUAUUUUUUAAAUAAUUGGCCAGAAUAUUGUUUUACAAUUAAAGAAGAUUUGGAGUCAAAUAACAGUGGAAAAGAUGAUAUUAAUGACAACGCAAAGAUAACGCAUCAGAAGAUAAUUGGUGUAAUAAUUUCAAAAUUGGAACCACAUAGGCAAGUAAGAAAUAGAGGAUAUAUUGGGAUGUUGGUUAUUGAUCCAAAAUAUAGAAAAAAAGGAUUAGCUAAAAAUUUAGUCAAAAUAACUAUAAACAAAAUGAUUGAUGAGAAAGUUGAUGAAAUAAUGUUAGAAACUGAAGUUUUAAAUGCAGGUGCUUUAAAAUUAUAUGAAAGUUUUGGAUUUUUGAGAACUAAAAGAUUAUAUAGAUAUUAUUUAAACACUCAUGAUGCUUUUAGAUUGGUAUUACCAUUAAGUGAUAAAUCACAUACAAGGAUUGCAUUUUUACCAAUUAUUGUUGAUGAAAAUUUAAAUAAUCCUAAACAAGAUAAUCUAGCUAUCAAUGUAUAA